AUGGCGCUGCUCUCCGCCACUUCACCCGCAAAGGCGCACUUCUCGGCGCUCCUCUUCUGCCACGACGAGCCGCGGCAGCACCAGCACCAGCACGCGCUCCCGGCGCCGCACCCGCAGUGCUUCGGCGGCGGCAAGGCCAGGCAGCGGGCACGGGGCAGGUGCGCGGCGGCGUCAAUGCGGCCUCCCGACGCGGCCGUCGCUCCCGCGGUCGGCGAGGCGCGGCGGAAGAAGCCCCGGGUGCUGGUGGCCGGCGGCGGCAUCGGCGGGCUGGUGUUCGCGCUGGCGGCGCGGCGCAAGGGGUACGACGUGACGGUGUUCGAGCGCGACAUGAGCGCGGUGCGCGGGGAAGGGCAGUACCGCGGGCCCAUCCAGGUCCAGAGCAACGCGCUGGCCGCGCUGGAGGCCAUCGACAUGUCCGUCGCCGAGGAGGUCAUGCGCGUCGGCUGCGUCACCGGCGACCGCAUCAACGGCCUCGUCGACGGCAUGUCCGGCUCCUGGUACGCCCAUCCAUUCCUCCUUCCUUUCCUCCUGCAACUUGCCCUCUAG